GGAAGUCAAGAUCUCCGACGGGACGUGAACGCGCCAGCAACGGACACCGCGCCUCAGCCAAUCAGAGUGGAGAUUGUUUUCAAGACGACCAAUCAGGGGCUGCAACGUCUUACGGUGGCGAGCGACGGCAGCGGAACGCCCCAAACGCGUCUCAUUGAAGAAGAAGAGCCACGCUCCGAGGCUUCCAUCCCCUAAGACAGUGAGACAUGUCCACCACGAUUUGCAAGCUGUUCGUCGGAGGACUGAAUGUGGAGACCACGGUCGAUGGCCUCCGCAGUCACUUCGAGCAGUUCGGGGUGCUCAGCGACUGCGUGGUGGUGAUGAACCAGCAGGUCGGCCGCUCCCGCUGCUUCGGCUUCAUCACCUACUCGACGCCGGAGGAGGCCGACGCAGCAAUGGCGGCUAAGCCACAUGUUGUCGAUGGCAACAACGUGGAGCUGAAGAAGGCCAUCGCCCGGGAGGACGCCGGCAAGCCCGACCUGCUCGCCAACGUCAAGAAGAUCUUCGUGGGCGGCGUGAAGGACCACCUGGAGUCCGAGCACCUGGUGGACUACUUCUCCACGUUCGGCGUGGUGGAGAAGGCCGAGAUCAUCUCCGACAAGCAGACCGGCCGGAAGCGGGGCUUCGCCUUUGUCUACUUCGAGGACAGCGACUCCGCCACGAAGGCGGUGAACACCAAGUACCACGACAUCGACGGCAACCAGGUGGAGGUGAAGAAGGCCAUGACCAAGCAGGAGAUGUCCACCGGCGGCGGCCGAGGCGGCAGGGGCCGCGGCCGGGGGAUGCCUAGCUUCGGCGGCGGAAGAGGCGGCGGCGGGUACGGAGGCUACGGCGGCAAUUACGGAGGCGGUGGCGGCGGUUACGGCUACGGAGAAGGCUACAACGGCGGCGGCGGAGCCUACGGAGGAGGAGGCGGCUACGGAGGCUACGAAGACUACGGCCAGGGUGGCGACUACAACAACGGGGACUACGGGGAGGGCUACGGACAGCAGCAGUCCAACUACGGGGCCAUGAAGGCGGACAGCUAUUCCUACCGGAGCGCGGCUCCGUACAACCGGGGAGGGGGAGGCGGCGGUUACGGCCGUGGCGGCGGGUUCGGUGGAGGUUAUCAGUGACACCCUCCAUUUUGGGAGAUGUCUAUGGUGGGGGGGAAUUCUGAACUUGAAUCUACACACACACGGACACAGUACACAAGCCCAGGUGGCGGGGGGGGGGGUGAUGGGUCCUCGUGGUCCAGUGUCCAUCACCCACCAUGCAUUAACGAAUGAGACUGUCCUCCAGGAUCCGACGUCCUCUGAUUCCACACAUGGACUUUACUACUCAGAAUUGUGAAUUAUUGAAUUGUACUUAAUGUCUUUUUUUGGGUGUGGUGGGGUGGAAUGUUUUGAACUAUUUGUAACGUCAGUCACUGCUUCUCCAUUCAGAUGUGAGUUUGUUUGUCUUGCAGACAUGUGUAACUGUUGAUCCAUCAGCUCAGGGUUUUAGGUGAAGUGUCUGGCCACGUGGGACUCGACUGCUUGAAUUUCUUGAUCUUAAACAAAAUCAAAAAAACACAACGUAUUUUUUUCGCACUGUUCUGACUGUAGAUUGACUUUAUUCCACCUAUCCCGUCCAAUUAGGCCUCCGGGCUUUUGUUUAAAUUAAAAACUGUUUUUUUGAAAUCCAUGUGUUCAGUUCGCCCCAUAUGUUGUAUUCUGCUUUUAUUAAAGUUUUUAAUGUUUUGAAAAUCCAAUCUAAUCUCGACAGUUUUUAAUUUAUAUUACCACGAGUGUCCUUUUCCAGGAAGUAGUCUUUUGGGAUCUUGCGGUAUGAGCCACCACCGCCAGGGGGGGAUGUUGUCUGAGAAGUAAUGCGUCUCGUGUUCAUCGGCCAUUUUACACUGGAGAUAUAGGAAGCUGAUUGUGAGCUUCACCAAAAUUAGCACUGUAAUGCUGAUAAGUUCAGAUGCUGCCUUUUUUUAAUACAAUAAACAUACAAACAAUC